CGUCCGAGCAAGACGGGAGGGGCGGGACAAGGGGGGCUAUCCGAAAGUAGCGCUCCAUCCCACUUCCUUUUUUCGGGUGGUGUAUGAGCCGCAUUCAACAAGAGGCUUUCCGCUAGACGACAAAAAUCCGCAUAGCAUCGUUUUAAUGUAAUCUAUGACAUCUUCCGAAGGAGGACGUUUCAAUUUGUAGUCAAGGUGAAAAGGAAAUAGGGGACAGGAGACAGGGAGAGGAAAUCCCGUGAGGCGGAGAAAUAACCGUUUUAAAAACAGCCAAUGGUCCGGACUGCGAAGUAAGCAGGAAGUGAUUUUGCAGACUACAUGGUCUAACAGUUCUGGGACGCAUCGGGGCAAGAGAAUACAGCGGGACACGAUGACUGAGAAGGAGCCAGCCAUAGACAACAUAACUGCAGAUGCAGCAUCUACUGCAUCACCGGCAAAAAGUCUGGGGGAUCCCGGCAUCACCCCACUGUCUCCUUCCCACUCUCUGAAGGACCCAGACCAAAAUGAGCAGUCAAAGCCCUCUUUUACGGUGGUUGUGGCCAUUGACUUUGGCACCACAUCCAGCGGCUACGCGUACAGCUUCACCAAGGAGCCCGAGUGUAUCCACAUCAUGAGGCGGUGGGAAGGAGGAGACCCAGGAGUGUCCAAUCAGAAGACACCUACAACCAUUCUCUUGACCCCUGACCGGAAGUUCCACAGUUUUGGCUAUGCUGCUCGGGACUUCUAUCAUGAUCUGGACCCUAGUGAGUCCAAGCACUGGCUCUACUUGGAGAAGUUCAAGAUGAAGCUUCACACCACAGCGAACCUCUCAAUUGAGACAGACCUCCAUGCAGCCAAUGGGAAGCGAGUGAAAGCACUGGACAUAUUUGCAUAUGCUCUUGCCUUCUUCAAGGAUCAAGCUCUGAAGGAGCUGAGUGACCAGGCGGGCACAGAGUUCAGAAAUGAAGAUGUGAGGUGGGUGAUCACUGUCCCGGCCAUCUGGAAGCAGCCAGCCAAGCAGUUCAUGAGAGAAGCAGCAUACAAGUGUGGUCUGGUUUCUCGUGACAAUCCCGACCAGCUCAUCAUUGCCUUGGAGCCAGAGGCUGCCUCUAUCUACUGCCGCAAGCUCCGCCUCCACCAGAUGAUUGACCUGAGCUCCAAAACUGCUAUGAAUGGCUACAGCCCCACGGAAAAUGUGGGAGCAGGGAUGACACAGGCCAAGGAACAUGUCCGGCGCAACCGGCAGAGCCGUACCUUUUUGGUGGAAAAUGUCAUAGGAGAGCUUUGGUCGGAGCUGGAAGAAGGUGACCGUUAUGUGGUGGUGGACUGUGGAGGGGGCACUGUGGAUCUGACAGUUCACCAGAUCCGCCUCCCAGAGGGGCACUUGAAGGAGCUCUAUAAAGCCUCAGGUGGACCCUAUGGCUCUAUAGGUGUCGACUAUGAGUUUGAGAAGCUUCUCUGCCAGAUCUUUGGUCCAGACUUCAUUGAUCAGUUCAAGAUUAAGCGACCAGCAGCCUGGGUAGACCUAAUGAUUGCGUUUGAGUCCCGAAAGCGAGCUGCUGCUCCUGAUAGGAGCAACCCUCUCAACAUUAACCUGCCCUUCUCCUUCAUUGACUACUAUAAGAAGUUCCGCGGCCACAGUGUGGAACAUGCACUUCGCAAGAGCAAUGUUGACUUCGUGAAGUGGUCCUCCCAGGGCAUGCUGCGGAUGAACCCAGAUGCCAUGAAUGCCUUGUUCAAGCCCACAAUUGACCGCAUCAUACAGCACCUUAGUGAACUCUUUGAGAAGCCUGAGGUGUCCAAAAUCAAAUUCCUGUUUCUGGUUGGUGGCUUUGCAGAGUCACCUCUGCUGCAGCAUGCAGUUCAAAACAUGUUGCAGGGCCGCUGCCGAAUUAUCAUCCCACAUGAUGUGGGACUCACCAUUCUCAAAGGAGCAGUGCUUUUUGGUCUUGAUCCUGGGGUCAUCAAGAUUCGCCGCUCACCACUCACCUAUGGGGUGGGUGUCCUCAACCGCUAUGUGGAAGGCAAGCACCCCCCUGACAAGAUGCUAGUUAAGGAUGGAACCCGCUGGUGCACUGAUGUCUUUGACACCUUCAUCUCUGCUGACCAGUCAGUGGCGCUGGGUGAGGCUGUGAAACGCAGCUACACGCCAGCCAAGCCCUCUCAGCAGGUCAUUGUCAUCCACAUCUACUGCUCAGAGCGUGAAGAGGUGAGGUUCAUCAGCGACCCAGGGGUUCGCAAGUGUGGAACGCUGCGACUAGAUGUGGGUGGAACCGAGAGCCCAGCUGCCCGACGGGAGAUUCAGACAGUCAUGCAGUUUGGGGACACGGAGAUCCGUGCCAUGGCCAUCGAUGUGGCCACCUCCCGCAGUGUGAAAGCCACCAUUGACUUUCUCAGCCAAUAGGUCAAGUCAGGCUGGCACGCAAUGUUCUUGCAGUGUACACUGACUGUUUUGCCGCCACACAGUCAUCAUUGUGAGUUCAUGGAAGGUUGCACCUUCACUUUGGUUACGUGUCAUUCUCCUUGACAAACCCUUAAUGGCUCUGGGAAAAGACCAGAGUUCUUCUCUAACCCUGGUUCCUAUAUUGGUUGCAUAGAUGCUACGAAAAGGCAUUUUAAGGUUUGGGUCUAAGAUUCGGAAAGUCUGAUCAUUGAAGCAAGUGAUUCUGGUAAUUUAUGUGCAUAAAAUCAGUCAUGGGCCUCAGGAUUUUACUGUCACUGAAUUUGGCAAAUUAAAUGUGAAUAAGUAAAUAGGCAUCGGCAGUCAGCAGACCCAUAAUAAAUUAAAAAGGUUACUGACAUUUCUGAACCAGGAUUGGAGAGGGUUUGAUAGAAUGGGAACAAGAGGAACAGGUUUGGGUGUGGCUCUCUACUAAGAUAACAUUCAGUCUGAUGUAGUGUCAGUGGCAGAACUUUCACUGGUCCACUUUCUAACUUAUCACCAACCUCCGUCCCUGUGAUCAGAUAAGCUUACUUGGCUGCCAUCCUCAUAGAGAAAGCAUAUCAAUGUAGGAUGACAUCCACACACCUCUCAGCUCUCAACAUAUUUCUGAGUCUGAACAUUAACAUUUAAAUGAACCUAGAAGCUGUUAGUUCUUUGUAGCUAUCUUUCUCAUUACCAGAACAAAAACAUUUAUACACUAGCAUUUAAAAAUCUCUGUGUGAAUCCAGUUGGUCAUUGUUUCCAUUUUUAUUUAUUUAAUAAAGGGAUAUUUUAGACAUGAAUUAUACAUUUUCAGAACAGUGACAGUCAACUUAACUUUUGCUGUCUUAUUAAAUGUAUUAGUGUGAUUUUUUUUUUAUUAUUAUUUUGGGGAAACUCAAAAGAGAUCACCUCUUCAGGACAUUCACUGGCUGCUAAACUUGACAUUGUGUACACUGAAAAUAAACCUCUGAUAGAAUAAGUGAAGGACUAAUCUAUUAUCAGGACGACCGGCUUGACCAUCAGCCUGUUGCCUUUUCUCACAGACCUCCAGUAACAACUUGUGUCCUUGUAUGCACAUUGCGCUGAAAAAACAUACAGUCAAAUCCUAGAAUGUGAAAUGUUUCCUAGGAAAUAUUACAUUAAAAUUGUUAUGUAUAAAAGACUGCAAGCUAUUCCUGCAAAAUAACUUCAGUAGAACCAUAGCAAUAUGCUUGUUGCCUUUCUUUUGCUUCACUUGCUACCCAAAAGGGGAAAGAAGCCACUUCUUCACUGUUUGGGUUCAAGAAGUAGAAAACAGCACCGUGAAAACCAAAGUAAGCAUCUUUGGGAUUCAUGAUAAAAAAUAUAGAAAUGUUUAUUUCUGUAAAUACAAUAUUUAAAACAUUGUACAGUUUUUUUUUUUUUUUUUUUAGCCUUGUUACUUUAGUGGCUUCAGAAUGAAAAGUAUGCCUGCUAUUUGUGGACACUUUUUGCUUCAUAAUCCUCACCACCCAAGUCUAUAAAAUAAAAAGCUAUAUGCUCAUGGUGAAAACUGAUCUGAUUGAAAGAAAA